CAGGGGGAGUGUGCGUGCGCGUGAGGUGGGCUGAGGGUGGCUGUGUGAUGGGGGGGUGCAGUAUGAAGGCAUCAUCGGGUUGGGCGGGCGUUCCUCCGGGAUGUUGAGCACAUCGCUGCCGCUCUGCUUUGCGUGCAGAGGCGUCACAACGGCUUAGAGCAGACGUCCCCGGUUUGCUCCCCCCCCGCCCCCCCCCCCCUACCCCCCUCCCCGUAAUAAACCAAAGAGAGGAGCGGAAGAGAGGGCGCCUCAAAAAAAAUGAAUGACUUUUUGUGAACAAAAGACGGGUGUAACUUUAUGUAGGUCACACGUGAGCGCCUCCCUCUGCCGAUCAAGUGUCUUAGCAAGAACAACAACAAAAAGCAGCAGCAGCGCAAGAAGAAGAAGAAGAAGAAGAAGAAGAAGAAGGCUCAGCAGAGGCGCGGCGAUGCUCCGCGGGACUUGAUGCCCGACACGCUGGCGCUGCUCCGCAACCGCUCGGAGGAGCCGCGAGCCCUGACCGGUGCCGGCGGCGGCGGCGGCGGCGGCGAGGAGGGCGGCCGGCCCGCGUGGGUCAUCGGCAUCCUGGCCAGCGUGCUCAUCUUCACCACCGUGGUGGACGUGCUGGGCAACCUGCUGGUCAUCAUCAGCGUCUUCCGCAACCGCAAGCUGAGGAACUCCGGUAACGUGUUUGUGGUGAGUUUGGCCUUCGCCGACCUGGUGGUGGCGUUCUACCCGUAUCCUCUGGUCCUCUACGCUCUCUUCCAUGAUGGAUGGGCACUAGGCAACACUCAGUGCAUGGUGAGCGGCUUCCUGAUGGGCCUGAGCGUGAUCGGUUCCAUCUUCAACAUCACGGGCAUCGCGGUCAACCGUUACUGCUACAUUUGCCACUCCUUCUCCUACAGCCGUCUGUACAGCUACCGCAACACGCUGCUGUUCGUGGCCUUAAUAUGGCUGCUGACGGUAGUGGCCAUCGUGCCCAACUUCUUCGUGGGCUCGCUGCGCUACGACCCGCGCGUCUACUCGUGCACCUUCGCCCAGAACGUCAGCACCUCCUACACGGUGGCUGUGGUGGUGGUGCACUUCCUGGUGCCCAUCGCCGUGGUUACCUUCUGCUACCUGCGCAUCUGGAUACUUGUCAUUCAGGUGCGUCGCAAAGUGAAGACGGAGGAGAGCCCUCGCCUGCGCCCGAGCGACUUGCGCAACUUCAUCACCAUGUUCGUGGUGUUCGUGCUGUUUGCCAUCUGCUGGGCGCCCCUCAACCUUAUCGGGCUGGCGGUGGCAGUGGACCCGUCGCGCGUGGUGCCACUAAUCCCAGAGUGGCUCUUCGUGGUCAGCUACUUCAUGGCCUACUUCAACAGCUGUCUCAACGCCGUUAUCUACGGCCUGCUCAACCGGAACUUCCGCAACGAGUACAAGCGCAUCGUCACCUCCGUGUGGGUGACGCGCCUCUUUGUCACAGAGACGUCGCGGGCUGCUACAGACGGCCGCAGUCUGCGCAGCAAGCAGUCACUGCCGCCGCCGCUCAACAACAACGAGUCGCUGAGGGACCGCGCCAACAACAAAGACUGAGCGUGUUAACGUGACGACGCACAGAUUGGUCGCACGUGAACUGCCUGAUGAACUUCCAAAGCCUCAAAAACGUCCGACUUGCAUCUCUUGAGUGCCACUUUAAUAAAAACCAGAGAUGAUAAUCAGGGUAUGUCAGAAUUUAGUAGGAAACGCAACGUUAAAAAAAAAAAAGAAGAAAUAAUAGAAAUUGCUACAAAUAUAAAAUCCAGGAACUUUUCAUUCUUGGUACUUCCUUUGCCAACAUUUGUGACAGACUACAGUAUCGCUCUGUCAAACUAUAUUUUUUAAAUGAAACAAUAAACAGCUAGGAUGCUAAAAGUAGUUAAGAUAGCAUAUAUCAAGAUAGCACACUGACUACACUGACUUAAAAAAAUGCACUAAGACGGAGUGAUAAAGAUUUACAUCAUGCCCUGUGGUCGGGUACUAUUUCAAAUGAGUGCUAAAUAUUUCUAAUUAUGCCCUGUGGUUGGGUACUAUUUAUUUUUAAGUGAGAAUUGACAAGAGGCUAACAGCUGGCAUGCUAACAGCUAAGAGUCAUUAAGAUAACAUACCGUAUAUGGCAAGAUAGCAACCGGAGUACUAAAAGCACUGAGGCAGAUUGAUAUUUUACAUUGUGGGCUGUGGUCGGGUACUAUUUCGAAUGAGAAUUAAUAAAAUACCAACAUGCUAAUAGUUAGCAUGCUAACUACUGCUUUGGACCCCUAAUGUUCAUUUGGGAACAUCCCGUGCCUCAACGGAUUACAUGCUAGUGUGCAAAAGCAGACUGAAAUUGGGAGUUGACUGCUUACAUGUUACCAGUUUGUAUGCUACAAUAUAGCAUGCUAGCAACCAGCGUUGGAACCAUAAUGUUCACUUAUCAAAUGCUCCUAUUCUCUUCACUUGAAUGCCACUUAAGUCAAACCAGAGAUGAUAAUCAGGAAGUUGCUGUGUGCUCACACCAGAAUUUAGUCGGAAAUGCUACAAAAAUUUCCAGGAACGUAUUAUUAAUUAAUUAUUAUUGUUUAUUUAUUUAUUGUUAAUAUUUAUUCAUACUGUAUGGUGCCACUAGCUGUCGCUAGCCUGUAAGCUGACAAUUGUGACCGACUAUAGGCUUGCUUGCCCAGUUUAACUUUUUUUUAAAAUAACAAUUCUAACAAAACUAACAGCUAGCACAAUGGAUUAUAGGUGCUAAUGAAGCCGCAAAACCAUCAAAAGCCUACUGAAAUAUAUAUGAAUGCUAACAUGCCAACAUUUGUUAUGCUAGCAUGUAGCAAGGUACCAUUUUGAGUACAAAAUAUGCAGACAGGUUGAUAAUGUGAUGUACCUCUGAUUGCACAGGAAAGUAUUUCAACUGAGAAUUGAGAAGAUGCUAACAUGCUAACAAUUAGCUUUCUAACAACCUUCAUUGGACCCCUAAUGUUCAUCUGGGAACAUCCCCUACCUCAAUAGACUACCGCCAAUGUGCAAAAGUACAGCUCAAAUGCCAACAUGCUAACAUGCUAUAUGUUACCAUAUAGCAGGAAAGAAGACCUGAGUACAAAAAGUGGUAAGGCAGAUUGAUAAGGAUUUUUUUCAUCUACUGUGGUUGGGUACCAUUUCAAAUGAGAAUUGAUAAGAUGCCAAGAGCAGGCAUGCUAACAACCUUCUUUGCGCCCUUACUGUUCAUUUGGGAACAUCCCGUGCCUCAGUGGACUCUGUGCUAAUGUGCAAAAGCCUACUGUGAAUUGAUAAAAUGCUAACAUGCUCACAGUUGGUGUGCUAACAUAUAGCAUGACACCAUCCUGGGUGAGCCAACUAGUUUUUGGCACUUGUACUUCGUAGAACUCAAAUUUUUAUAUUUUAUUUAUUUUAUUUGACUUAUUCCUGGAACUAUAAUAUUUAUGUGGAAUUAUGUGGGAAUGUUAGGGUUUUUUUUGUUGUUGUUUUUAAUAAUCACCGUGCACUUUUUGUACAAAAUUUCUCACAAGAAUGGGAAAUGAGUUUUCAACAUGGCCUGUUCUGAUGUAUACAGAUGUAUACUGAGCCGAAAUGUAGUCAAACUUAGUAAAUAAUUCCCAAUCAGGAAGUUGUUCUCCACUCACAACGUGUUAGCAAACAUGGCUGCUCGCUCGCUGCGUGUGAUGUAGCACCUUGAGGAUGCCUCACCAUUGGACAAUCUGUUUCAUUUAAUUGUUAUAUGUAGAUUACAUUGUUCCUGCUUUGAGCGGCUGAAGCAUUUUAUUUCAAAUGUGGAAA